GCCGUAGGCGCGGUAGGACAGUCAAAGCGGCGGGAGAGCGGUUUGUCUGCGCUCGUAUUUAUUGAAAGCUGGUUAUACUGCACAUUAAUCAAGUGAGCAGUGUGCAUUUAGCCGUAAAAAAUAAGGGUUAAGUUGGGUAAAAACACGGGUGUUUGGUAAAUGUUGACGCUGGUUGUUUGUCUUUAUUGUGGUUAGUGUUGCUUUUAAAGCAUUCCCCGGGAAACUGGUUUGAACGUUUGUUUUUCGGUUAGCCUCGUUUUAGCGCUCCGCUCCAGCAACAAUGGCGAAGGUACAGGUGCUGAAUGUGGCUGUUCUGGAUAACCCGAGUCCCUUUGGAAACCCUUUUCAGUUUGAAAUAACAUUUGAGUGUAUGGAGGACCUCCCCGAAGAUCUGGAGUGGAAGAUCAUCUAUGUUGGCUCAGCAGAGAGUGAAGAAUAUGACCAAGUCCUUGACUCUGUCCUGGUCGGCCCUGUACCUGCCGGAAGACAUAUGUUUGUGUUUCAGGCGGAUGCCCCAAACACUGGGUUGAUUCCUGAAAGUGAUGCUGUUGGUGUAACUGUAGUGCUGAUUACCUGCACAUAUCGUGGCCAGGAGUUCAUUCGCAUCGGUUACUAUGUGAACAAUGAAUACACAGACCCGGAGCUUCGUGAAAAUCCACCAAUCAAGCCAGACUACACACAGCUCCAGAGAAAUAUUCUUGCAUCAAAUCCACGUGUUACCAGAUUCCAUAUAAACUGGGAAGGCUGUGCAGAGCGAAUGGAAGACUCUGAAAAUGUGGAUCCCACGUCAAACUCCAUGCUUCCUCCAUCCUGUCUUCCAGGAAAGGCGCCACCCCUGGGUAUACUUCCAGAUAACUCCAUGGACUGCCUAUAGAGAUGACCUGGAAGACGUACAGAUGACCCGAAAAUCACAGCACGAGACCUUAUUUCUGACGAAUGCCUGUGGACAUUCUAGUGUGGAUGUACAAAACAUCUUUGCCUUACAGCUGCACUUAUAUCCCCAAAUGAACUCUCACCUUGGGCUUCAGAUGACUAUUCCAAGGAAGAUUAUGAACACCUCAAUGGAAUAAUAAUCACUAAUAGCUGGGGAGUUCCUUGCCUUGAUGCUGAAAGCAAUAUUGAAGUAGUUUAACACAUGGGAAGGAAAACAGGAACUAUGAAAUAAUGCAGCUGAACUGAAACAGAGCAGAAAGCUGUGGUGUGGUUGACCUUCCUUCCUUCCUUUUUUGUUGGUGCAAAAUGGAUUUGUACCCAUUUUAAGAGGAUUUCAGCACUGAAGCAAUAGGCCAAUAAAUUGAAAUGUGUUGCUGUACAGGAACUUGAUAAUCUACCAUUAUAUUUGUGUUCAAAUUCCUUUUGCACUUAAACCUUUUCCCCUAUUUAGAUUGUGGAGUUUUGGAUGGGCUUUGUAUGGGCUGUAUCACUUCUUCCAUGUUUUUUCUGUUUGCAAUUUUGUGUUCCAAAUAAAAGAACAUUGUAUUUGUUA